AACCCACUGCUAAAUGCUGGGAAAAGGAUAGACCCAAGCCUUGACCCAUCUUUCACAACCCCAACCUUACUGUGCCUGCCGUAUGUAACUCUUUAAUCCACGACACUUCACCUACUUAUCAUACCAAGGCAAGGAGCGAGGACAGGAGAUCUGGCCAUCACCACUAAUACCAUCACCCGAGCUAGAGCCGCUUACAUUUUUACACCCCACAACCGCAACACGCAGCAGCGACAGUAUCGUCAAACAACCCGCGAAGCGCAAAGAUAUACGCAAUGUCCGCCCGCAAACUCCAGCAGGAGGUCGAAAAGGUCUUCAAACGUGUGUCGGAAGGUAUCCAGUCCUUCGAACAGAUCUACGAAAAGCUCCAACACUGCAACAAUGCAUCGCAGAAGGAGAAGCUGGAAGACUCGCUAAAACGCGAGAUCAAGAAGCUUCAACGACAUAGGGAUCAGAUUAAGACAUGGGCGGCAAACUCGGAGAUAAAGGACAAAAAGCCUUUGUUGGACGAGAGGAAAAAAAUAGAGACGCAAAUGGAAAAGUUCAAAGCUGUGGAGAAAGAAAUGAAGACCAAGGCUUAUUCAAAAGAGGGCCUCAUGGCAUCCACCCGUCUAGACCCUAUGGCCCAAAAGAAACACGAUUUGGUGACCUUCUUGUCAGAUUGUACAUCCGACCUGGACCGUCACAUCGAAGCCUGCGAAGCUGAGGCGGAAUCACUGAGUGUUACGCUGAAGAAGGGGAAGAAGGAUUCGUCAAAAGCGGAUCGGGUUGCUGAAGUUGAGAAGCAAAUGGAGAGGCAUAAGUGGCAUCAGGCAAAGCUGGAACUGAUCAUGCGGCUUUUAGAGAAUGGGCAGCUAGAGGUUGAAUCCGUAGAGAGAGUCAAGGAUGACAUAAGGUUCUAUAUCGAUUCUUGGCAGGAUGUUGACUACCAGGAAUACGACAGUGAAAACAUAUACGAUGAACUUGACCUUGACGAGGAGAAUGCGGAGGAUCUAUACGGUAUAGGAGCAGAUGCAGAUAGAAUGUCAAGCCAGGAAACCCAGAGUAUACAGGACGAUUUAUCUGAACGCCCGGGCUCAACGAAGGACUCUGUCACCGGAGGCCGUAGGCCAAGUACCCAACUCAAAUCCCCCAUGCCAGCUCUGGCAACAUUACAUCAGCCAGCUAGUUCCGCGGCUUCCCCGUAUAUCAACAAUGGCCCACCCCCUUCAAAUGGCUCCAUGAAACCGGCCCCCAUACCAACGCGGCCGCCUGGCGAAGUUCUGAAGUACGCGUCAGUCGCGACUGCCGCGGCGGCUGCGGACCGAAAUGUUGGAAUUGCUCCUCUGCCCCCUCCGCCCGGUAUGGCAGCCCAAGCGUCAGCUGCCAGCUCAAGUUUGGGAAUGUCACCCUUACCACCCCCGAACGCUCCAAGACAACCUUCGCAGAGACAAGGCAGCGGUUCAGGGGGUUUGCCUGCGCCGGCGCUCACAACUCCUUCUCUGCCAGAUAAGUGUCAGGCCUCUGUGCCCCAUACACCUUCUAUUGAGGCGGCUGUUGCGGUUGCACCAUCUCCUAAGCCUUCAAAUGUUUCAACUGCCCCUCCUAUAUCCCCCAGGAAUCAACAAGAAUCAGCGAAGCAUGAGGAACCCGCCCAUACCAAGAGUUCGAGGAAUGUGCCAACAAGUGAACCAGAGUCUUCUAGGUCGAUACCGGAGCCUUCUCCGUCACCGCUGCCGGAAUCACAGACUAAUGGAGCGAGCGAUAGCUCCAUGCCUAUAGUUGCGUCUCCGGGUCCAGAACCUAGCCCUCCGCCAGCCGAAGAAUCAGUGUACUAUCUUCCACCUGGCCUUCAGGAUCUAAUGUCAUCCUUCGAAAAUACCAAGAGGCGCUUGCUUCCCCAACCCGGAAGCCUCCACCGUUCGCUCGAGAUCUCAAUGGUUAGCGCACCAGACACGAUUGAUGCCGAGAAGCCUCGUCAUUAUAAGCCAACUACAAAGUACAACACCCCUGCUCAUUACCCCCAGGAGCCGCUCCCUGUCUUUGACGACCCGAGUUUGUACAAGCGCAUAGACGUAGACACGCUCUUCUACGUAUUCUACUACCGCCAGGGCACCUACCAGCAAUACCUUGCAGCUAAAGAGCUCAAGCGUCAGAGCUGGAGGUUCCACAAGCAGUACCAGACUUGGUUCCAACGCCACGAGGAACCGAAAACUAUAACUGAAGAGUACGAGCAAGGAACGUAUCGGUUCUUCGAUUAUGAGUCUACGUGGAUGAAUCGCCGUAAAACAGACUUCAAGUUUGCGUACAAAUACUUGGAAGACGACCUUUAAACUGUCUGCCUAUCUGCCUAUCUGUAAGGUCGGCCGUUCUCGCAUCGGAGGGAGUUUUUUUCACUUUUUUUUUUCACUUGCCAUUCUUCAUUUCUGUUUCCUGUUCCUUUCGCCAUCUGUUUUUUCCCAUAAUUUUAGCUUAGGCCUUAUCACUCUACCUUCAUCCUGUUUAGUAGUUCUAGUGGUGGGGGACUGGAAAUGGGGAAAAAGUGGAAAAAGUGGACACAGAAUAUGGGAAGUGGAGACGGGGUGGGUGGUACUGUAGGCGCAGUGGCAUUGCGGUAAUAGCAGUGGUGGCGGUAUUGUCUAGUAGUUUGGUAGUAUGAUAUGAUACUAUUGAAAACCCUUUGCUCUCCA